GGCUCCGGGGCGGCGCGGUGGCGCACUCUGCGCGCCGAGCAGGCGGAGGGCUAGCGCCGAAGGCGGCGGUGGUGGCAGCAGCGCUGGCAGUCAAAGCCGACAGAGGCUGCGUCUCAGCACCGGCAGUCCCGGCGGCUUUGGUCUAGGGGACCUCUCGGUCUCUUCUCUGUCCCUCGCUCUACGCCUGGGGUAGGCGCGGAGGCCGUCCCGGAAGAGGCAACUGAAAGACGUUCGAACCAGACCCCCCCUCCUCCCCGAGAGAAAGCGGCGGAAGCUCGAAGAGUUGGUGGGUGCGAGACAAAUACUCCGACGAGGACGAGACUGUUGCUGUUGUCCCUAUUCGUGGUCCCGGCGAUGAGGGAGCAGCCGGGCCCGCGGGAACUUUGAAAGCGUUGGGUCCCAGGGUGUGAGGGCUGCAGGCUCCCGGGGACUCCGGAGUCUUGGCUCCAACGUCAGUGGCGUAAGCGUCUCAGGACCCGCCCGGACCCUAGCGCCGCCAGAGAGGAAGUUCUUUGCAACUUGGUCCGAGACGUCGGAGAGCCGAGAGGAGAGAAGCUGAAGCGGCACGUCCGAGCCCAGAGACUCAACGCAGCAGAGAGAGAAAGGAUCCGGUGGAGACAGAGGGAUCGAGGAGAGACUCCAGAGGCCGCGAAGCCGCGGAACCAGCCUGGCCGCCCGCGGGCCUCGCUGCCCCCCGAGUGAAGUCAAGGGCUGUGUGUCCCACAGGCCUCCUUAGAGCCGCUCCUACCGGCGGCCGGGCGGGGGGGCUCCAGGCGGUCCCGGAGGCCGGCCCCUGAACUAUGCCUCCGAAGCUGCGAGUGCUUUAGCCGUAGCUACCCCGGGCCGGGUGCGGAGCCGCCGCUUGAGCCAGCCCGGGAGGGAAGCCACCGGGAGUUGGGUGCACAGCUCCGGGCCGGACUGCACUAGCGCCGUUUCCCGCCUCUAGGCGCAGCUCUCGGCGAUCUCCGGCAGAGCGGUUCUGAGAGAGGCUCCGAAGCUCCAGCAGUGUUUUCUGAACCCAGCUCGCACAGUUCCCGGCCUGGCGGCGCGGCUCCGUAGCCUCGCUGGGCAGCCCCUUGGCGCCGGGAGGCGGCAGCGUGGGCCGGCCUGCAGUCUGGAGCGCCCCGAUGGAAAUACACUGUAAGCACGACCCGUUUGCAUCCAUGCAUAGACAUGGAGGAGUGAAUCAGCUUGGGGGGGUUUUUGUGAAUGGACGGCCACUCCCGGAUGUAGUCCGCCAAAGGAUAGUGGAACUUGCUCAUCAAGGCGUCAGGCCCUGUGACAUCUCCAGGCAGCUUCGAGUCAGCCAUGGUUGUGUCAGCAAAAUUCUUGGCAGGUAUUAUGAGACAGGGAGCAUCAAGCCUGGGGUAAUUGGAGGAUCCAAACCAAAGGUCGCCACACCCAAAGUGGUGGAAAAAAUCGCUGAGUAUAAACGCCAAAAUCCCACCAUGUUUGCCUGGGAGAUCAGGGACCGGCUGCUGGCGGAACGCGUGUGUGACAAUGACACAGUGCCCAGCGUCAGUUCCAUCAACAGGAUAAUCCGGACAAAAGUACAGCAGCCACCCAACCAGCCGGUCCCAGCUUCCAGUCACAGCAUAGUGUCCACGGGCUCCGUGACGCAGGUGUCCUCGGUGAGCACGGACUCGGCUGGCUCCUCCUACUCCAUCAGCGGCAUCCUGGGCAUCACAUCCCCCAGCACCGACACCAACAAGCGCAAGAGAGACGAAGGUAUUCAGGAGUCUCCUGUGCCGAACGGCCACUCACUGCCAGGCAGAGAUUUCCUCCGGAAGCAGAUGCGGGGAGACCUGUUCACGCAACAGCAGCUGGAGGUGCUGGACCGCGUGUUUGAGAGGCAGCACUACUCGGACAUCUUCACCACCGCGGAGCCCAUCAAGCCCGAGCAGUGGUGCCCCGUGCUGAUGAGACAAUACUUGGUGCAGCCCCAGGCAGUCCUUUUCCAGACUGCCGAUUAUUCCACCAUGGCCUCGCUGGCAGGAGGGCUGGAUGACAUGAAGGCCAACCUGACCAGUCCCACCCCCGCUGACAUCGGGAGCAGUGUGCCUGGGCCACAGUCCUAUCCCAUUGUGACAGGCCGCGACUUGGCGAGCACGACCCUCCCUGGGUACCCUCCACACGUGCCCCCCGCCGGACAGGGCAGCUACUCGGCGCCAACGCUGACGGGGAUGGUACCUGGGAGUGAUUUUUCCGGGAACCCCUACAGCCACCCUCAGUAUCCCUCGUACAACGACUCCUGGAGGUUCCCCAACCCGGGGCUGCUCGGCUCCCCGUACUAUUACAGCGCUGCUGCCGCCAGAGGAGCCGCUCCGCCCACAGCUGCCACUGCCUACGACCGCCACUGACCCCCAGAGCCAGGCAGGCGCCAAGCAUUUCUGACACAUAUCACUGAAGGCCAUAGCCUCCCAGCCCCCUCCAAACACAGCCAGAGGGGCCCAAUGAGACCACCACCCCCCUCCCAGCAACCCCCCACUCGCCAGAAACUCCCUCCCCCAUUUCCUGCCAGGGACUCCGGGGUCUCUGAUAGAGCUAUUGGACUUCUAGACACCUGUCCAUUUCUAAGAGUCAGCUUAUGAGCUUCUCCUGGUGGUGAGUGCAAACCAACAGACUGUUCUGCAGACAACCACAGCCCCAGCGCAGCCUGCCAGCACCCCCAACCCACCCCCACACCCCGAGCUGUCUGACCAUCCGCCCGUCUUCCUGCCCCAAGCCUGGAAGGAAAAGUUUGCUUUCGUUGCUUCAACAGCACCCAUGUAAAUACCUUCUUGCUUUUUUUGUGGGCCCGAGGAUCCAGCUGAGCAGACUGCCCACCCAUUUUGCAUCCAGCAUUCUGGAGGUGUCACAGGAGGACUUGGACCUUUGCACAGAGCCACCCUUCUGUCCUGAGUGCCCCCGAAGGUGGGUUUGGAGCUGCCCUUGAGACUAAGGAUGCCCACCUCCCGACCCCAGCCUCUGCUCAUGCUACUUCUUUAAUAUCUGGACUAAGAGUCUCAUUGGGUUGGUUUUGCUCUAAGUACCCACUUCCCCUCAAGACCCCUCCCUGGCUUCCUGCCCCCAUUUCCCUGGGCCCAAUGCAGUGCAAGCAGCUCUUUUCUGUAUCAAAGGACUCAAAAGAGAACCGUCUUGGAGAUUCCUCAGCUACUGUUUUAAAGUGAGAUGGCAUCCAAGAUACCAAUUACAUUGUGGACUUGGAACGUUAGGGCCGGACGAGACCCAGAAAAUGAUGGUCCAAGGUGGAGCCUGAGGCUCUCCAGAUGCCCUGCCCCUGGACCACUGAACUGAACUGGGAUGUGUUUACUAAGUUGCGCCCAGGCUCAAAUCACACUGGACACCCACCAUGGACACUUCUCCCACCUUCCAAGACGCCAGAGAGUGGAUUCAGGGCAAGCCUGUCCCUGCCACGUAGACAGUGAUUAAUAGAAAGGACUUUGUCUGGACCAAGGACCACAAACACCUACAGCAGUCAGCCAGAACUUCCUGAGCAGCCCCUCUCCUUCUCAUGGAGCCUACUAUGCAGCUGGGAACCGAGGUGCUCGGGUAGGAGCCGAGGCCUGCUUUGCAUAGUGGGUACCUACCUGCUGAUACAAGGGGGUGUGAUGGUCAGGCCAUGGCCAAGGGCCUUGGGAGCCUGGAGUGGGAGUUGGGAGAACUCACUGUGGGCUGGAGUGGUCAGAAAAAGCGACCUGGGAAGAUUUGGGGAGCAGAGGAAAGCUUCCUAGAAUGGGACAGGCAGUGAGGAACUGGUGUGUGAACUGGGAGUGGUUUUGAAAUGGAGGUACCAGGGGCCACCAUCUCUUUGCCUUGGGCCUCAGUUCCCUGCAUACUAUCUCUUGCCAACUCAGAACAGCCAUGUAGAGGCGUCAUCCAAAUCUGGACUGAAUGACAGCAAUGACAGUGGACUUGGCCAUCUCCUGUGACAAUGUGCCCGAUGUCUGCAUGUCACCAAGCUGGCAAGGAGCUGGGGUGGGGAGAGCCCAUGCUUGACGUCAUCAGGCCCAAGAGGUCUUGUCCUGGCUGUACCUUUGCCUGCCUUGCUAUGGGUCCUCAGGCAAGACCCUUCCCCUCUCUGAGCCUCGGCUGCCUUGGUACAGCAGGAGUCCCCUGCAGGACUACCCGACAGCUCUCCCUCCCUUACUUCCUCUCCCCGUUUGCUGGGGCUGUGACAGGGGCAUCUGGGGCAGGCCCUCCACUUCUGAGCAAGAAGACUGGGGCACCUGAGUCCUACUAACAUUUGGACCAAAUUAAAAAAAAAAAAAAAGAACACCUAGAGGGGUGAAAAUCAGCUUUGAGGAAGACGUAAGGCAGCUCCCCUCAGGAGAAACUGAGGCCUAGCUCGGGGAGACCUAGGAUCAGGCAGGGAGACAGAGCAGACCUCCUCUGACCACCACCAAGUAUCCCCCCGCCACCACAAUACCCCUACAAAGUGGUAGAAUAGAAGAGGAAACUGAGGCUCUACAAGGUGGAGUCCCCAGGCAGCGACUAGUGAAGAUGAGGCUUGGGCUCGGCCCCCUGACUCUUGGCUUGUAGUGAUCCUCCCUUCCCUGGGGCAAGAAGUUGACGGUGAGGGCAGCAGGAGAUGGUUCUGGGCCACCUCCUCAGACGAUGUAUCCUGGAGCCAAGGAAGAACUGCCAAGGUUAGAA